AUGAAAGCAAUAGGUGCGGUAGUCUCUCGGUGGCGGGUCAAGCGAAAGGAAGCAAGCAAUGUUCGGGAUCAAGAAGAGGAAGUAAAAGGAGGUGAUGGUCUGAUGGGUUUGGGAGAUGUAUUGCAGAGGUUGAUCCCUCCGGAUCUGAUGAUCUCGCCCUCUAAUGGACAGCUCGUAGGUUUUGGUCGAGCUGUUUCAGAUUCAGGAUUGACUGCAUCCAUCCAUGAUGUGGUGGUAAAGUUUAACUACAAGAAAGAUUCCAGUUGA